UAAUGGAUCACUUGAUCUCUAGCUGCAUCCAACAUUUCCACUUGAUCAUCAAACAUGAAGCUAUCACAAUCAGCCUUCGUUCUUCUACUGGCCUUCAGCUUAUUUCAAGGCUACAAUGCUAUGCAACGUUCUGGUCGUGUCAGUGAAUUUCACGAUCUUGAAGAUGCUUCUAUGCCAGUCAUAGCACCAUCCGAGGAACAAGGCCGAGUUAAACUUGGCCCUCGGCCUCAGCCACAAACCAUUGACAAAUACGCAUCUACUUCUGAUGCUUCAAGUUCCAUUCAAGGAAAAAUUUCACAACAAGAUCAUGUUUCAAUCUACAUCGACGAGCAUGGCUACCUAAAGACUCAAAAGAAAGGGGGUGGCCGUCCUGCCGAGAGAAGUGGUAAAACCACAGUUCAAGACACAAUGAUAUAAACUCUUUGUCUCUUAGAUCAGAGGAAGUUUCAGUCACGCAAGAUCGAUUUAUACACCGUAUUUGUUGUAUUGGCUUUUGAAUUAUACCUCUAUCUUCUCUUUAGGAUGUUGGCAUUAGCUGCUCCUGCAAACCUCAAAUUUGAUUGAUAAUUUAACCUGAUUCUUCCUCAUUUGUUGCGUUUGCUCACAUGAAGUUGAUUCAACUUUGUAUA